AUGCACAAGGGCUUCAAGGAUGAAGCCUACACAAACAACCCAGACAGCACAAUCAACAACUUCUACCUCCAGCUCUUCACGCACCAGAUCAACUUUGCUUUUGACCUGGACAAGGAGCAUAAGCAGAUGAAGGAGGAGAUGCAAAGGAAGAUUGCUUGUGACAAGUACGAGGCAAGCUCUACAUUGAUGACGCUUGCCUUGAGUGCACAAGACCAGCACAGCACCAAAUAUGAGAUGCAUGUGGAAGAAGAGGAAGAAGAGACAGAAGGAGGUGAGGCGGUCACUGAGGCUGCCAGCCUCCUCAUGGAGGUGCAUGGUCUCAACACUGAGAUGAUUCUGGCAUGCACAACACACAUGCUUGGCAGCUCUGAAGGGCUCAUUCUGUUUGGUGAUGGUCCAAACACCAAGGCCCUUGCCUUCACCAUCAACAACAGCUCCAAGGAGCUCAUUUGUUGGCACUUCAACAAGCACAUCAAUCGUCUCAUCACAUUCAAGCCAAGCAGCCAAAUCCUCUACACAAGAUGCACCAUUUAUUGGUGCUCAAGGACCAUCACCUACUUCAACAAAGCAUACAGCUUCAUCAAGAGACAGCGAAUGCAAAUAGACGGACUGAUGCUGGAGCAGACCUACUCGUACAAGUACCUGUCGACGUGGCACGGCCUCCAGACCAUUGCCCAGAAGGAGGGCUGGAGGACGCUGUUUCGCGGUCUGCACAUAAACUACAUCAAGGUGGUGCCCCUCGUGAGCGUUUCCUUCACCAUCAACGACCUCAUGCGACGGUGGAUGGGCCUCAAGACCGAAGGCGGCGUCGAACGGUGA